CUCGCUGGUUGGCCGACCUUGCAUCCAGUAAACCAACGUCGCAUCCGGCCUUUGCGACGCCCGCAUGCAUGACAUCAUCCCGAUUCAACUAGAUAACUAUUCCAGCUUUCCCCUCCAACUUCAAUUCAUGUGUCUGUAUCUACUGUAAAUAUCCUUAUUAAUUGUCUAUCAACUCGAUUAACUUCAUCGAUCUUAUCUCUCCCAAUAAUUCUCACCAAAACAAUCACAAAAUGGAAGAUCCAGCAUCUGAGAUCACCCCUAUAAUCCAUCAUCUCACGCAAGCCCCUCCAGAUGACCAACAACGCACAAUCCAGAAAUACUUCACUCCCAGCGCAGCCUUCAUCCAUCCCUUUUGUCGUGUCUGGCCCUACCCAGGAAGUCGCUGGUUCAUCGAGAAGAUCUACCAAUGGUAUAAGAUCAUGUCGCCGCGAAUUGAUCUGGAGGUGCAUUCCGUAGCAUACGAUAAACCCAACCAAAAGCUCUACCUCCAAAUUUCCCAGCUCUUCUCCAUUUGGGCGAUACCCUUCCACCAUGCCCAUGUACAUCUGACCACGGUCCUGGACCUCACCACGGACAGCGAAGAUAACCGUACACCGAGGACAGGGUCCGGCAAACGGUACUACAUCAAGCAGCAGGAGGACUUUUAUCAGACGUCGGAGUUUGUCAAGUUUGUGGCGCCGUGGGGAGGCGGCUUGCUGGUUACUAUUUGGCAGUUGCUGGCAACGGUGUUUUGUGUAUUUGGGGUGGUGCUGCUUUGGCCGGUGUUGUGGUUAGAGGAGAAGCGGUUGGUUGGGAAUGGAAAGAAAUGAGAUGAUAUGUGUGAGACGAGGUACAUUGGACUGUAUGGAGUUGUGGUGUAAAUAUCUGGGUAUAUGAGGAUAUGUGACGUAUAUUAAAUAUAUGGUUCUAACAGGG